AUGGACGACAACGUUGGUAUUCAGUCGGAAGACCCGCCGACAAUACUAUUCAUCGGCCAACAUGAAUCUCAACGGACGACACCAAUCACAAGUCAAGUGCUCGGCCAGGCACAGUCCCUUGGCUACGACCUGCUCACAGCACCAAUAACGACAGAGCACUUUCAAUCGAGGGUGUUAUCGAAGCUGCAGGAUCACGUCGAACAAUUGAAGGUGGCGGGCUCCGCCAAUGCCGUUCCAUGGCCGACAAUAUCACCUUUGAUGCCCGAGGACACGGACUUUCAACCAGAAGAGAGCAACAGUGCUCUCAUUGCUGUGGUCAGCCCCUGGAUCGACUUGGGAUCUUCAGACCCUCUGAUAGCGCACAUCAGUCGGCAAGUGUUCAAUCUCGAGGUUGCAUAUGCCUCUUUCUGCGGCGUCAGCAAUGUAAUGGUUCAUGGCCCAAUCACUGGCUCCAAUGUAACGCUGUACUCGCGCGCAGUACUGGAAGGACUAGCCCUUGGUCCAUAUGUUCAGAUCCACAUCCUCAUGCCGAUGACUGGUGAGUUGGAGCUGGAGGGCGCAGAGAGCGCGCACUUGUCAGAGCUGGCGAGGCCAGAUUUCAUACCCGGUAUGGACGAGGACGAGGAUACUGAGCCCGAGCUGUACUCAAGCUGGGAGUCGUGGAACACGAUUCGUACGAUGUGUAACUACAGCUCCAAACUGGUCAUAUCUCUAGAACUUCCGCGUCAACUUCCGUCACUCGGACUGCAAUCCAGAUGGCAUUCUGAACCCGUGAGAACUCUCAUGCUCCCGAGAACAAGCUUCCUUCGCAACGCCAAAGGAUUUCCGGUACUGUCGAAAGGACAUCAACUACUACUUACGAGAUUCCUGAGUCUCAAAUUCUCGCCAUGGCUUUUGUUGGCAGAUGUGGAUGCCAUUGAGAUGCCAGAACACUCCGCAGCCAAGAGCCCGGAGCCUACACCCGCUGAGGCAGCGACCAAGGCUGGUGAGAAGCCAAAGGACCCAAUCGCACAUCUGCGGUACAUGCGUCAUCUACAGCAGACCCAGCCAUCCCGUCCGCCGAUCCAAAAAUUCGGACAGGGUUAUCAGGACUACAUUCAGUCUCCACUCCAGCCGCUUACCGACAACCUCGAAUCUAUCACGUACGAGGUCUUUGAGAAGGAUCCAGUCAAAUACGAGUGGUACGAGAAAGCUGCCGCUGCUGCAUUGAAGGACUUACAGGCCAAACUUGGCGGAAGCCGAGAAAUCAUUGUCGCAGUCGUGGGAGCCGGUAGAGGGCCUCUGGUCACACGUGUGCUUCGCGCUAGCAAAUCGACUGGGAUCAAAGUGACAUGCUGUGCAGUGGAGAAGAAUCCCAACGCACACGUUCUGAUCCAACGCAGAAACGCGACGGAUCCUCUAUGGAACAAGCAAGUCAUUGUCGUCAAGACGGACAUGCGAAGUUGGCCAGGUCCUACCAUCAACAACGAGGUGAAGAAAGUUGACAUCCUCGUCUCGGAGCUGUUGGGAUCUUUCGGCGAUAACGAGCUUUCCCCAGAAUGCCUGGAUGGCGUGCAGCAUGUCCUUCACCCCGAACAUGGCAUCAACAUCCCGCAGAACUAUAGUGCGUGGAUGGCACCCAUCGCGACACCAAGACUCCACGCAGAUCUCUUAUCGAGAGGUGGUGGAAGCGAGAAAUGGGAGUUGCCAGCCGUGGUCAUGCUGCAUCAAUACGAUGACCUCUGCGUCUUACCGGGGGAAGACCGCAUCGCCGAGGUGAAAGAAGCAUGGACCUUCACACACCCAGCACCGCCCUCAAUACUCGCGCAGUCCGCGCUUAGAGCGGGCGGCACGACCGAUGCUGGUGGCUGGACAGGCGGUGACGGCAAGAACGAACACAAUGCGCGGUCUUGCAAAGUCACGUUCCACGCCACCGAGCGCGGCGUCUGUCACGGUCUUGGAGGUUACUUCGAAUCAGUUCUCUAUGCACCAGAAGAUGGCAGCAAGCCGAUCGAGCUGAGCAUCAAUCCCGUGACGAUUGACGAGAAGAGUCGGGAUAUGAUCAGUUGGUUCCCGAUCUUCUUUCCUCUGAAGACGCCGAUGUAUGUUCCGGACAAUGCGGAGAUCGAAGUGAGCAUGUGGCGCCAGACGGAUGAUCGGAAAGUCUGGUAUGAGUGGUUCGUGGAGGUGUUCAAGAUCGAGACUGCGAAGAGGACGCGGGUUGCUGUGAGUGAGUUGCACUCGAGUCGCGCGAAUGGGUGCUUGAUGUGA